AGAAAACGAAACGCCUGAGCAUCGUAAAGCUCGUCUUGUCAAGGAAUCUGCAGCGGGGUCAAGCCAUGAAGCUGCAGAAACUACAGCCGCAGCAGCAAUGAUCUAUAAAGCCACAGUAACUACAGCCACAGCAGCAACGAUCUAUGAAGCUAUAACCGCAGCAGAAUCAAGGUAUGCCGGAGCAGGAUUGAGACAUUUCAGAGUGGUAAUAUCAGAGUGUCGAAGUCCUAUCUGA